UAUAUAUUGGCAUCGAUCACGCCGUGGGAGCAAAGGCGGCAUCAUGUCAUUGACCACCAAUGUCGAUGUGUUUAAGCCGCCUCGCAGAGGCUAUUACUGGAGUUAUUACAUCAUCACAAGUUCUCAAGAGCUAGAGUCCGCCCUGGCGCACCCUCUAGCGCAAACCUAUCCGGUGGUGCUCAUGUUCUGGGCGAGCUGGAACGAGCCGUGCAGGGUGAUGAUGAGACCCUUCAGGGCCAUGGCCGUGGCUAAGAGAAGGGCGGCCAUAUUCUGCCAGGUGGACGUCGACAAGUUCAAAGAUAUCGUGGAGCGGUACCGAGUGGAGGCGCUGCCGACGUUCCUGCUGCUCAAGCAAGGCGUGGAGAAGGGCAGGGUCGUCGGCGCCAAGGUCGGGGACCUCAGCAACAUCAUCAUGGCCAACAUAUAAAUGAUACAGUACUACUGCUAGCAGUGGGGCGAGCGAAAAAGAAAUAAACGAGCGGGAGGACCAGGGAGCCAAGCUGAGCGAAUGACCGUGUGAGUGUUGUGGUAGCAAUUCCAUGGUUUUAGCGUGAAAUAGAAGCAAACAAUCACCCCCGGCUGACACCAAGGCCGAAAUGUACAAGGAUUUCACAACCACAGAUCAAACAACUCAGCUUUCCUCUUAGAAAAAAUAUUGCAAUAGCAACCCAACACGAUAUACGAAUAAAAAAUCACCAAUAAAAAUUUAAAACACAAAGCCAACACAGAUAAAAUCAAAACAAAACAACUGAUUGCGAUAAUCUAUAGAUAUAAAAUAGUUAAUUUCACUAAUGAAGAACGAUGCGGCGAAACGCGCGUUAGCCUCUAGUAUCUAUUAUAGAUUAAAAUUAAGUACAUUAUGGGCUAACCAGAAAAAAAAUCCCACAAAAAAUCAGAUAUAUUUAUCCAUUAGUUUCGUAGACCUUUAUUUAACUUGCUGUUACAACGUUAGGUCUUUAUAAUAGAUCCACUUAAUCUAAUGUGUAAACAAAAUUCUCAUGGCAAUCCAUUGACCAUCUAUCUAUAUCUAUUACCUAAUAUUAAAAAAAGGAUCCUUUCAUAGUUCUCCAUCCGUCACCUUUUUUGUGUCUGUUGAUUUUGUGUUACAUAUAAAGAUUAAUGGUUGAGAUUUAAAAAUAUGUCUACACACGUGUAAGGGAAAAAAAAAAGAUCAACAUAACCUACAUAUCGUUCGUCAUAGCCAGCUUGGGCGUCAGCGCGCGUUAUGGGCUAAUGAAUCCGUUCGUGCCAUGUGGGACUUGGUUCCCAAAUCGUCAAUCCCAACAUGUAGUCAUGGCGGCCAAGGAACCGCACGACUAUAAAUAUGCCACCCGUCGAUUCAUUGUGCCAGACAAACAGCUGAUCGAUCUAAAGUAGGGAAUCUCUACGCACACGGCUGUGCUGGGGACAACGAGCAGCCUGGCCAACGGCGGUUCCCUCAGGGUGCCGUGAAGGCUGCCGAACCGCUUCAAACCGACCAGCGUGUACUAUGAUCUCGCCGGCAACAGCACUGGGUCAUCGGCGUCAGGCAAGGAGAGGCACGACGAUCUAAACACAUACUGCGUCGAGUUGGGGAUUGUUCCUCCGUGCGGCCGGUGGCGAACACACCGCCACUGCCUUUCUGGGUCCUUUUGCGUACUCGGCGACGUAAAUGCCGCCGCCGCUGUGUGGUGGUUCAUCUGCACAGCCAAGGACGAGGAAGCCACCGCCGAUGUUCCUUUACGCCACGGUGAUGCACACGAUGUUGUUCCUGCCCUCCACCGCGAGGCACGUGAAUGCCUAGGGGAUGCACGGUGGUUGAAGGUGCACCAUCACCAUGUAGGCAUGUAGCGCGUGGAAUCCCAUCACGUGUUGGACGAUUCCCCUAAUUGAUGUCUAUAUGGCUAGCCAUCUCCGUUUCAGUCUCCUGCUUCCAUACAAGAAAUGAGCCGAGAGAAAGCCGCCGGCGAACAGGACAGAUGUAUUAGCUACGUUGGUUAUAGUUUUCAUCUCCUCACCGAGCGGCUGGACGCCGGUGUCCUGGUAACGGGCCUUCCUCCCCUUGCCGCUGUCGCAGUAGACACAGAUUCACUAGAACAGCUAGCCGCCUCUUCCGAUCCGUGCAGGCUGUGGCGGGGCCACCGCAUCAUGACAGGGCUUUCCUCAAUCAGUGGUGUAUGGAGCAGCAGAAGGAGAUUGAUCAUACAAGGCAACUGACAAUUCAACUUGGGUCUAGAGCUAGCUCAGGACAUGCUUCAAGUAAGCAAAAGGCAACUUACUUGAAUUGCAUGGUUGUUGCUUGCAUCCAACGAAUGCAUCUGGUUGGCGCUUGACCGGCCGGCGUGGACUGGACAAGUUGAGGUCUAGCACAUGGCAACUUUGUUACUUGCAUGUGAAGCCAAGAAUAUAGAAGUACAUAUUUGUUACUUGGGUUGCUUACGUAAUGGCAAAUCUGGUGUAUUUGUAUUAAGUCUAAUGUUUUAUAUUACAUUUUAUCCAUGCAGAACUACAUUUAUUAUUGCGAUUUGAUUUGGGAGAUGUUUUUCUCUACCAUCAAUUCACACACUGAAGUUUACAAAUUAUAUUGAUUUCAGCGGAAAAUUCGUUUCUGAGCCCGAGCACAUAUGCUCUCGCUAUCUAGUCGCUCCGUUCGCUUCGAGAUCGCCGUCGUCACGUGUAUUCUCGGCUGUAUUUUCGCACGUAUGGAUGUAAAUCUCAGCGCGAGCUGUGCAUUUACUUCGGGGGUAGAUACCGUUAUGUUCCUCCGGUCCAGAAGAACUCUUGACGGUCUAGCCCGCUUCAUGGGCCCUGAAUGGCCGGUGCUCCCAGCGAACCCAGCAGAGAGCAGGUCUAAGAUAUUCGCUCGAAAAAGAGAGAGAGAGGUCUAAGUUAUUCUCGCUAGCAGCGCACCUGUUACAUCGUAUCCCUCAAAAAAAAAAACCCUGUUACAUCGUGUUUUGCUGCCAGAAAAAAAAUACCCUGUUAAAUCGUGUUUUCUCAACAACAAAAACCUUGUUAAAUCGUGCGUGCUACAGUGCCAGCUCAAAACCUCCCCGCCGCAAGUGAACUUGCCAGCACGUCUGAGACUAUCCCUGUUAUGAUCGACGAUGUCAGCUGUCUUUACUAUCAAAUAAAGAGGGGUUUAUGAUGUAAAAAAAAAA